GACACACACACACACACACACACACACACACACAUGCACAGAGAGCGAGAGAGAGAGUCUUGAUUAUUGCUGGCUGCACGACACGAAUUUAGUCAGUGAUUUAUUUUUCAUCUGCCACAGCACAGAUUUGCACGAGAUCAUCAUCCCUGUCAAAAAAAAAAAAAGCGUGCAUCGGCGUGUUAACAUCUGACAGAUCCGCCGCGCACAACUCCACAGGGAGGCAGAGGAGCUCGAGCCGUUAUUCUUCUUAAUAAGAGAAUUCAGGAAAGCCUCAAGAGAUGCCACAAAGAAGCGGACUUUGGUUGCUGCUGCUGCUGCUGCUGUUCGUGCUACUGCUCGGGUUGCUGGUCGUCGCAUCGGCGCACGAGCAGGACGUGAACGAAUCGUACUCGCCGCGGAGAGCGCGCGCCUCCGCCAACAGCCCCGCGGAUGUGGUGCGCUGUUUGAAUAGUGCCCUUCAAGUGGGCUGUGGUGCCUUUGCUUGUCUGGAGAACUCCACGUGUGACACAGAUGGAAUGCAUGACAUCUGCAAGUCCUUUCUCUACAGUGCUGCUAAAUUUGACACUCAGGGCAAGGCCUUUGUGAAGGAGAGCCUGAAGUGCAUCGCCAAUGGCAUCACCUCCAAGGUCUUUCUUACUGUGCGCCGUUGUUCCACUUUCCAGCGGAUGAUCUCGGAGGUCCAGGAGGAGUGCUACACCAAGCUGGACAUCUGCACUGUGGCCAGGUCAAACCCAGAAGCCAUUGCGGAUGUAGCUCAACUGCCCAGCCACUUCCCUAACAAGUUUUAUGGAAAGCUGCUGCAGAGUUUAAUGGACUGUGACGAGGAAACAGUCGACCUGUUGAGGGUGAAUCUGAUGGCCCGGUUGGGGCCUGAGAUAGCCAUGCUCUUCCAGCUACUGCAGAACAAGCCUUGCCCAUCCACUGCUGUGCCCGCUGGGGCAGAGACUCGUGGAGGCUGGCACUGGCCCGCCAGUCCCCACCCACACAAGAACCAGCCUCAUCUACGCAACAGGGACACAGCCAAUCUCUUCAGCAAGAAACGCAACAUGGAUAACAGCUCUUAACCCAGACCACGAUUCUUGGUUCGAACCUAGAGGUUGUGCACAAUUUUGCUAAAUGAAAAAACAAACAAACAAAACAUAUUAGUGGCUCAUUCACGAUCAGAAUGCAGGAAUAACAUUAAUUCUCUUGAAUGGGAAAGAGGGGGAAAAAAAUGCACCUAUAUGAAAAUAGCUUGAAUGUCAAAUGUUUAUGUUUAUCAACUUUAGAUUUGAUUUAUAUUGUCAUUAUAUUGAAUUUCAAGGGACUAGUUUACCAGCUAAGCUUUUUUCUUUCAUAUUUCGAGACUGACCUAAGCACAGUUUAAAGUCUCUUUUACAAGCUCAGUGUAAAAUCUCUUUAAAAAAAAAUAUUCAGGCCAUUGUGUAGAGAGUUCUUAGAUAGAUAUAUUAUUUUCAUGAAAAGUAUCUAAAGAAAAAAACUGAAAAUAAUACCAUCAAUAUAGAAACAUUUAUAUACCUAUACAACCGAUAUAUCUUAAAAAGGUUACAACAAAGAAAAUAUGUGUAUAUAUACUGAAUAUAUUGUUAAUGUGAAAUAGUUGGCAUGUGCUAUAAAUAUGAGAGUGUACUAUUUAUUUAUUAACAGAAAAUUUUACUAUUUUUAGAUGUUAAAUUGCCACUAGAUCUUAAAUUGCCACUAGCCUUUUUUUGUGAACGCUCACUCGUUGGGUGAGGGAUAUCUUUCAAAAGAAAAUCUGCAGGAAUUCAUUAUAAAAGACCAAAAAAAAAAAGACACUAAGAUUUACUCCAGAUGCCAUAUCUCAUAGACCCUGCGUCCGGUAACAUUAGGUGUCAUGACUAAAAUCAUUUUUUACAUAACCGAUUAGAAAUCUGAAUGGAAGGUGAUCAUUUAGUAGAUAUUAUUUUUCUAUUCAAAAAAAAACAAAAAAACAAACAGCAACAUUUGUUGCUAACCCUCGAGUGCAAUGCUAGUGUCACAUGAAAUUCUGAAACCAUAGCCAGACGUAACGGACAGAUGAACAACUUGCUCCCUGGUGAAUAUGACGUACAGAGGUGGGGUCGAGCGUGCGAGUGCUGCAAAGCAAGCCAAGAUGUCUAUUUAAGAAAAGAGCCUUUUGGGUUUAUUCAUAUUUAUUUUGCUACUAUAUUAUUUAAGUGUUUAUUUUAUUGCAUUUCUGUAGAUAUUCUGUUGUAAGUCAAUUAGAGGUGUUUUUCUUUUUUUUUUCCUUCUUCUUCUUUUCUCUUUUUCUGUUAGUACCUGUGGCAUUGUACCAAUUUUUUUUUUUUUUUUUUUUUCUUUUUAGAUUUAUAUUCUAUUUUUUAGACUUUUUUUCUUUCCUUUCUAUCGAGAUGAGACCCAUGUAAUGACUCUGUGCUGGUCAUGGGGGAACACGUUGGUCAUUUGAGUCAACUGAGAGUGUUGUAUGGGACCACUAUAAAGGGUGUUGCGAGCAUUGCCACUUACUGUGUAUUUUGUGCAGGGUCAACAAUAGACUGUUGCUUUAGAGUUAUUUUCAGCUUUAAUAAAAUUCUGCCUGUGUUAGGGAGAGAAAAGACAAAUAUUAACAUCCAGUAUUUUAACGCACUGCUGGUUUAUUUUGUACAUGAAGGGUGGCUUUAAGCUCCUGUACAGUACAUCUAUAGUUAGCACAAACGGUUCAAACUGGAACAGUCACUGCAAAGUGUUUUCUGGAGCCAUUCUUGACACUAUGCAAUAUACAAUGUUUAUGAAAAGACCUAUUUUUUUUCUCUCUCUCUCUCAGAGUGUUUACCCGGAGUGCAAGAGUAGACAUCUCUGUUUAAGUGCUUAGUGUAGAAGUGAAGCUAA